CGAAAUUCUUACUUAGUUCUACGCGUUACACGAGUUAUAUCUAUUCAUGGUUUCAAAUCCAACAAGUAUUGUUUGUAGUUAUAUUUUAUUCAAUAUGAUGUCGUUUAAAAACGUUGUGAUAUAUAUUUCAAUUAUCAUUGCUACGUGUGCAAUCAGCAGUGAAUGUUUUAUAUGUGAUACUUGCGUGUGUCAAAAUUCCAUAAUCAACUGUACGGAGAACGGAUUGAUUAAUAUUUUAGAUCUAUGGGAACACACAGAAACCUUAAAGGAUACAACUCUUAUGCAUUUCGAUUAUAAUGGCAUUACUCAUGUUAAAAAGUUACCAUCAUCUAAAGUUAAAUGCUUAACCCUCCGACACAACCAGAUAAGCAGUAUAGAGGAUUUAGCUUUUAUAAACUUAAUAUACUUAAAAGAACUCGAUCUUAGCUACAAUUAUUUGACCACAGAUGACCUGAAUCAAAACACAUUCAAAAUUAGUCGCGGAGAUUCUAAAGUUUCUAUACGACCAACUGGUCUGCUUAUUUUACGUCUAGAUAACAAUAAUCUUCAUUCACUUACUUCACGGGUUUUCGAAGAAAUGGAAUAUCUAGUUUCCUUAUCUCUAGCAGGGAAUCCAUUGAUAACUAUUGAUCGAUCGACCGGUCUUGCGUUGAGUUCAUUGCCCAUGUUGAGAGUUUUAAAUUUAGCCAACACAUCCAUAUGUGAGUUACCCGAUCAUUUUCUACAUACUCCUAGGUUUUUAGCAACAAUAAAUUUGUCAAAAAAUAAAUUCACACAAAUUCCACAAGGACUAAGCGAAGUACACGCGUUACAGAGAUUGGACUUGAGCUAUAAUCCUAUAGUUAGUAUCUUAAAUUUCCCAAAAAUGCCAUCACUAAAAAUACUUCAUUUGUCAUACAUGCCGGAACUAAACGCUAUUGGAACACGUGCUUUCAGUAAUCUUCGUAACCUCGAGGAAUUUCAUUGCAUGCAUAAUUAUAAACUCGAAUCAAUAGAUCCGAAUGCGUUCAGCUAUAAAUCGAGCGAUGGAUCAGAAGUUGAAUUAUGGCCGAACAUAAUUAAAUUAGACUUAAGCUACAAUGCUUUAAGAUACUUAGAUAGUAAUUUAUUGAGUAGAUGGGAUACAUUAGAAGAAUUGAAUUUGCAAGGUAACAAAUGGGAAUGUGACUGUUUAAACCAAUGGUUUGUGAACACUUUAGCUCCAAUGCUGGAGUCUAAACAUUCGGAAUUUCUAAUAGAUUUUACUUGCCGAGAGCCGACUGAAAUGAAUGGAAAAUCUAUUCUGGACUUGCACCACCUUCAUUACGAAAUGCGUUGUUUAGAUUAUUAUAACCAUCAUCCUGAAACGGACGGAGUUUUGUUGGUCGGAAUAUUGAUUGGUGUUCUGUUAGCAGUUCCGUUUACAAUGGGAUGUAUGAUGUACUGUGCAAAAAGAAAAAAUUCACUUUCAUAUUACCACAGAAUUUUCAAUCAAUAUAAAGCACCUUACUCCCAUGAAUUUCAACUAAGGGAAUCAUCGAUUUAUCAGCCAACAUCAAUUAUUGCAGACGGAUACCAAUGUGAAAACAGAUAACAAGUACGUAGCAGAAAAAUGUCAAAGCAAUAGAUUAAUUUAUAGAAUUUUAAUGUCUAUUUAUUUUUAUUACGAAAUAUAU